AAAUGGAGGGCAGGCGAAUGCGGACCAGGAACAAUCCGAGGGGGCAGGCGCCGGUAACAUCCCAAAGGGGAAGCCGGGCUGCAUCUCGGGGUUCAAGAGGAGGCCGUGGAGGCCGUGGAAGCCGUGGAGGUCAUCAAGCUCAAACUGUGAGUGAUGGCCAUGUAAGCUCGGUGUAUGAAACCAACACCGAGGACUAUGACUCUACGUAUGUUCCUGAGACAGAGCAUGAGGAGACCCCAUAUGAUGGGGGUGACACAUACACCGAUGAGGACAAUGAUGAAAGUGAUGCCCGCUUCGCCCAAAUGGGUGAAUUACUUGAGUGGUAUCAAAAGGAGAAACAGAGGAGAGACCUUGGGCGCCAAGCGAGGCGUGGCUCUCGUGGUGGUUCGGGUCAAGGGAGCCGGGGAGCUUCCGUGGCCACCCCAGCGGCGUCACAAGGUGGGCGUGAAGGAGGUUUUGUUGUGAGAAUCUCCAAGUACCUCAAGGAGGCUAGGGCCUUGGGGUGUAGGUCCUUUGACGGCACCGGUGACAUUACCGUUGCCGCCGAUUGGAUUAAGAAGGUGAAGGAUGCAUCAAGAGACAUGCAAAUCACACCGGACGUGAAGUUGACUGUCGCUUCACGGCUACUUGAAGGGAUAGCCUCUACGUGGUGGGAGAGCGUGGAAGGGAAGUACCAUGGGGAAAUAACAUGGGCGGACUUUGAGCUAGAGUUCUAUGCUCAAUACUACUCCGAGUACGAGGUGAAUGUGAAACGGAGAGAGUACACUAACCUCAAACAGAAAGAUGGCGGCACGGUUAAGCAGCUGGAACAAGAGUUUAGAACCUUGGCGAGGUUCUUGCCAGAGUACGCGGUUGAUGAGAACCGCAUGACGGAGCACUUCUGGGAUGCAUUACUCUUGGACAUCCGCGACCGAGCUACAUACUCUCGCCACAUGUCAUUUAGCGAGGUGGUGGAACAGGGCCUUCUUGGAGAGGCCCAGUGGAAUGAGAGGAAAGCAAGGGACGCCGAAGAGGCGAAGAAGAGGAAGUGGAAUAAUUCGGGGCCACCCGAUCAUUCUCGAAGAAACAACCACGGGGGUGGUGGUGGUAGCGGUGGUUCAUUCAAGGCGCCGGCCCCACCGGCAAAGAAGAACAGGGAUGCGAGGUGGCACGGACCUAGGCCACAGAACUCGGGGCCACCUAGAUGUCCCAAUUGCUCAAAACAACACUUUGGGAAGUGCAAUGAACCACCGAGGUGUUUUAAGUGCGGGAAUGCGGGCCAUAUGAAGGCCAAUUGCCCUCAAUUGAUGCAAGAGAGUGCCUCGGGAGCCGGGGGAGGGACCAUGACGGGAAGGAACCGUGCGGGACCGUCAAACGGCGGCACGGGAAGAGGCGGCGCAUCCACAAGUCAUGCCGCAUCCGUCAACCAAGGUGGGACCCAAGCCCGAGUGUACGCGAUGACCGAGGCGGAUGCGAGAGCAAACCCGGACUCCGUUGCAGGUUGAAGCUAGGGCUUGCUACCUGCACCUUUCUACGGGUGACAUCAAUCAAGGAAGACGUGGUUCGUGCUUCCUCAUUUUAUUUCAAAUUACCAAACAUUGCUCAUGGAUAUUUUUAUUUGUCAUAAACUAUUCUUUUGGGGCUUGCAUGCCCAUGUUAUUGGCCGAUUGUGGCUUAUGACUUACCGUUGAAUAUUUCCGCUAUUCAUUGGUUUAAAUGUGAUGUUGUUAUGUAUGUUUACUACUGAGUAUGGAUGGAUUAUUUUCUCGAACGCCUUGUGUAAUCAAGUGAGGUUGACUCGCGGGUGACGUCACUUGAUUAUGCGGCGGUUGUACACGCGCUUGGAUUGCGGUCUGGGGCGUGACAACUGGGGCCUCCGAAUUCUUUAGAGGGCUCUGAUCAUUACCUUUUUGAAGAAGACUUUUUCUCGUUGUACUUUUAAAUAUAUAGGAACAUUUGACAAAAAUAAUCUUACCCUUGAUCGAUCUUCUCUUAAU